CCGGAACUUCCGGAAGUUUACGGCGAGAAUCCGAAAUCCGAGAACCGGCAAGCGGAUACUCGCGCGACGAAAACUACGAGGAAGAAUUGGAGAAACUGCUUCGUGGCAGCCACUGCAGCCGCGAGUCUCAUGUGAUCGGCCGCCUUCUCGCGCGGAAGCAGAAGCAGCAUCAUGGGCCUGAUCUCGGAUCCGCUUCUGUUCGCAAUCGCGCUGCUUGACACAGGCUGCGUGCUGUUUCUUUUGGUUUAUUAUAUUAUAACACUAUCGGAUCUCGAGUGUGAUUAUUUGAAUGCGCAAGAAUGUUGUUCUAAGUUAAAUAAGGGAGUGUUGCCGAAGUUAAUAGCACACACGUUUCUAGUAUUUCUUUUGUUGAUACAUGGACAGUUGAUAUUAAUGUUGGUAAAUCUACCAAUGAUGAUUUGGUUGUUUUACGAAUACCUUAACGUUCCCAGCGGCAAUAUGGGGGUUUACGAUCCCACGGAGAUUCACAAUCGUGGCCAGCUGAAGAGAUAUAUGCGUGAUUGCAUGAUUCAUCUUGGAUAUUGCCUUGUGAUCUUUUUCGUUUAUCUCUAUUGCAUGAUUGUGGCGUUGCUCAAGGGAGAUCCUGUCAACAGAACUGAUGACAUAAUAGACACCAUAUAAAUAUAGAAAAAUUAAGGCAAAGAAACCCCUUUUAUAUAAAUAUAUAUGUACAUAUAUCAUGUUUAUGUUAUUUUAUAUUCUAAUGAUAUAUAAGAAUAUUUUAAUUCUAUAUUUAUACAUCACGUUCUUUGAAGUAUUGUUUAUGAAAUGAACUUCUUUGUUUUUUUGUGUCCACUGCUUAAGAAUUUAAGUGGACAUGCGUGCUAUUCUCGAAUAGCUGUUGUCACUUACGAUUCCCCUUUAUUUCGAGACGGCAUAAUUUUGUGCAAAUAUUUUUUUUCACUCUCGUUCACUUAACACUUUUGAUAAUUCCUCUAAUUUAAAGGCCUCGAAUUACUCACGCUAAGGUCUAAACGAAAUAAACGGGAACCGUAUACCAAAUCGGAUCGAUACCAAAUCGUGUCCAUUUGUGCGUUCACGCGACACGAGCGAAUGUAAAAGAUCUUUCUAGUCUUAAAGAUGUGUAAGAGAUGUGAAAGUCUGUAUCAUAACAGGUAUAAUUUAAGGGCAACAAUACAAUCAUAAUAUUUUAAUAUUA